AUGUAUAUAGAAUGGUCUUGGGUGGCUUUUGCCUCUACAGCUGGAGCAACUUUGCUUCCGUUUCCUCUACCAGAACCGACACAGCUGUUUGCGUCUGACCAAGGGCUGUUAGAUCUCCCACCGAAGCCGAUUUCUGCUCUCGCAGGAGCUAUCUUGCCUUUGAUCUUUCCGCAUACAUAUCAGCCCACGUCAACAACGACUCAGCCGGCGACCUCGACUACGCAGCCGCCUGCAGUCCCUCCUGUAACAUCGGCUUCUCCAACGCCUGCUUCUCCAACACAGGCUUCUCCAACACCUACGCCAGACACGAAAGGGGGUCAGAGCAGCAACCUAGACUCACAAAAUGGAGACGCUGUGACUAGCAGCAGCAGUAGCAGCAGCAGCACAGCUGUAAGUGUAACCACCUCGACUACUAGCACAUCCGGCAGCCCUUCCACCCCCGGCGGAAACUUCUGUGCCAAUCCCACUCCAAGCCAAGCACCUGCAAAGUACUGGUUGGAAACGCAAGAUCAUACUGGACCCGGCCGUGGAUACGCGCCCUUUGUCCAGGGAAAUUCUGCAUAUCCUGUUCAUCGAAAUGCCCUGGAUUACGGUGCUAAGAAUGAUGGCAGCGGGAACCAGACUGCUGCGCUACAGAACGCAAUCAAUUCCGAUGGUCAGGGCGGAUCUCGGGAGGGAAGAGGAGUCACUUAUAUGCCAGCCGAAGUGUUCUUGCCUGGUGGCGUGUAUACUCUUGGUGGCACUCUUGACAUCCGAGUGGGCACAAUUAUUGUAGGAGAUCCGUUGAACAGGCCUGUGAUCAAAGCCAGUUCCGACUUUGUCGGCUCUACUCUGAUCAACGGCCAGGAUCCUGCAGCUGGUCACCCGGAAACGACAUUUAUGAUUGCUUUGAAAGAUGUCAUUCUUGAUACAACUAGCUUAGACGCGUCGGCCACGUUCACUGCCUUGCAAUGGGGUAUUGCUCAGGGAUGUGCCCUGACAAACGUUGAUGUUAACAUGCCGCAAGGCUCCCUUGGGCAUAUUGGCAUUCAUAUUAACGGCGGCUCGACUAUUGCCGUUACAGACGUGACUAUUAAUGGCGGUGGCAUCGGUAUUCAAAACUCGAACCAGCAGGUCAAUUUCAAGAACAUAACAUUCAAGGGCUGUCGCACCGGGUUCGCCGGCACAGGAGGCUUUACUGUUGUUCUCCAAGGAGCAACAUUUGAUUCCUGUGGUCUCGGUAUAGAUAUGACCAAAAAUUCACUCGGUUCAAUGGUCAUCCUCGAUUCCACGUCAACCAACACUGGCACCCUCGUGAAAUUCCACGAUUCCUCCAACGCGUCUGGGCCGCGAAACAGUCAGAUUAUUAUUGAGAACCAUACUAGCGAGGGCACGAAUCCGCUUGCUGUCACGAGCAACGGCACAACCGUGCUCGGCGGACAGUCACACAUUGAUACCUGGUUCUUCGGUAAUCACAUCCCUGGCGUCUUCCAGGCUGGUGGUUACCUGGGUACUUUACGUCCAACUGUGCUUUUGGGUAGUGAUGGGAAGUAUUUCACACGAAAACAACCUAAUUAUGCAAACGCCCCUGCUAGUCAGGUCGUCAACGUCAAAACUGUAUCUGAACACCCGGUUCAUGGAGAUGGCAAAACGGAUGACUCGGCUAACUUGAAUGCUAUCCUGCGUGAUAAUGCCGCCAACUGCCGCAUCUCUUACUUCCCCUUUGGAGUAUACAUUCUGAGAGACACCUUGGUCGUUCCCCCUGGCAGUCGUAUUGUGGGCGAGGGUUGGUCGGUACUGUCAGGAGCAGGGUCCGCUUUCACCGACUCUGCCAACCCCCGCCCAGUCGUCAAAGUUGGGAACCAGGGCGAUGUUGGCGUUGCUGAAAUCCAGUACAUGCGCUUCACAGUAGCAGAAGUCCUUCCAGGGGCUAUUGUUGUCGAAGUCAACAUGGCCGGAAACCAACCAGGCGAUGUAGGAAUCUGGAACAGUCUGACCACUGUUGGUGGCACCGCAGACACUACUAUUUCGAGCAGUUGCACAAACCAGGACGCCCGUUACUGCAUGGCUGCAUUUAUGCUGAUGCAUAUCACUUCUUCCUCGUCCUCAUAUGUCGAGAAUCACUGGGGUUGGACAGCAGACCAUAACCUAGACGGCGGGCCAUCGCCUAUCAUUGUCUCCACCGGCCGGGGUAUUCUUGUAGAGUCAACUAAACCCACAUGGCUGGUGGGUACGAGCUCUGAGCACAACUGGCUGUAUCAAUACAACUUCCACUCGUCGUCCAACGUGUAUGCCGGGAUGAUGCAAAGCGAAACCCCAUACAUGCAAGGUCUCGGCGCGGUGGAGACUGCGGCGGCACCAUGGGGCGUGUCGAGCCAGUACAACGAUCCAGACUUUUCUUGGUGCGGAAAAACAGACCAGCUCUGUCGGUCUGCACUCGCCGCAAACGUGGAUGCUGGAAGCAAUAUCAUGCUCUAUGGUUCCGCGGCGUGGGCGUUUUUUGAGGGGCAGUGGAAUGGACUCUACAAUACUCCCUGUGCGAAUGGGAUUUGCCAGACUAACAUGAUGCGUGUGACUAAUAAUCCGCAGAACUUGGUCUGGUAUUCUAUCAGCACCAAGUCGUCGGACGUGAUGGUGCUGGAUGGGAAGUCCAACCCGAGAGAAUACAACAACCCAGGCGGUUGGUCAGGCCUCGUGCAAGCCUAUCGCCAAUUCGCAUACUAG